UUAUUUUGAAGAUGUAACCGGAAAAGUGUGUCUUUUAGCCUAAGCCUGCCUAACUUGACAUCGUUGCAUUUAGCUAUCCACAACAGUAGCUUUGGGUCAUCGUUGUUUGUCAUUUUCAAGCCCUAAAUCGUGCUGUAUAUCGGGUUUAAUCGCCUGGUGGCCGUCCUGUGAUGGGGAUUACCUCCAGGAUGGUUCCUACCGAGGAUGCGUCCGCCAGGAAGCGGGAGAUAGAGGAGAAACUGAAGCAGGAGCAAGAAACGCUGUCAUUCAUCCGAGAAAACAUGGAGAAGAGUGAUCAGCUCACUAAGGGCAUGGUCUCCAUCCUGUCGUCGUUCGAGAGUCGCCUGAUGCAGCUGGAGAACUCCAUCAUCCCCGUCCACAAACAGACGGAGAACCUGCAGCGGCUGCAGGAGAACGUGGACAAGACUCUGUCCUGCAUGGAUCACGUCAUCAGCUACUACCACGUGGCCAAAGACACGGACCGGAUCAUCAGAGAGGGGCCAACAGGCAGACUGGAUGAGUAUCUCGCGUGUAUUGCAAAGAUUCAGAAAGCUGUGGAAUAUUUUCAAGAUAACAACCCUGACAGCCCCGAGCUCAACACAGUGAAAGCGCGCUUCGAGAAGGGCAAAGAGCUGCUGGAGGCGGAGUUCCGCAGCCUCCUGACGCGCUACAGCAAACCCGUCCCGCCCAUCCUCAUCCUGGACGCCAUCACUGUGGACGAAGAGCUGGAGGUCCAGGAGGACGUGGUGCUGGAACACCUGCCCGAAGCCGUGCUCCAAGACAUCAUCUGCAUCGCCGGCUGGCUGGUGGAGUACGGACGCAACCAGGAUUUCAUGAACGUCUACUUCCAGAUCCGGUCCAACCAGCUGGAUCGCUCCAUUAAAGGCCUGAAGGAUCACUUCCGCAAGAACAGCGCCUCCUCCGGGAUCCUGUACUCGCCCGCCGUCCCCACCAAACGCAAGGACACGCCCACCAAAAAGGCUCCCAAGAGACCAGUCUACAUCCCAGGGACCAUUCGCAAGGCUCAGAACCUUCUGAAACAGUACUCACAGCAUGGGCUGGAUGGGAAAAAGGGGGGCUCUAACCUCACUCCUUUGGAAGGUCACGAUCAUGACUUGCGGGUCAAACACCCGUCUGACGCCCUGACCGAGAAGCACGGGGCCGCCGCAGGGAAAGAUGAUGUUCUGGACAUCGAGAUCGACUCCUACAUCCACUGCAUCACCGCCUUCGUCAAGCUGGCCCAGAGCGAGUACGUCCUCCUGGCGGAAAUCAUCCCCGAGCACCACCAGAAGAAGACCUUCGACUCCCUCAUCCAGGAGGCGCUGGACAACCUGAUGCUGGAGGGAGACAACAUCGUGUCUGCAGCUCGCAGAGCCAUAAUGCGUCACGACUACUCGGCCGUGCUCACCAUCUUCCCCAUCCUCCGACACCUGAAGAUGAACAAGUCUGAGUUUGACACAACGCUGCAGGGAACAGCAGCAAGCACCAAGAACAAGCUGCCGACUCUCAUCACCUCGAUGGAGACUAUUGGAGCCAAAGCUCUGGAGGAGUUUGCUGACAGCAUCAAGAAUGAUCCUGAUAAAGAGUACAACAUGCCCAAGGAUGGAACGGUCCACGAGCUGACCAGCAACGCCAUCCUGUUCCUGCAGCAGCUGCUGGACUUCCACGAGACAGCCGGAGCCAUGCUGGCCUCACAAGUACUGGGGGACACUUACAAUAUACCUUUAGACCCCCGAGAGACGAGUUCAUCAGCGAGCAGCUACACCUCCGAGUUCAACAAAAGGCUCCUCAGUUCUUAUAUAUGUAAGGUGUUGGGGAACCUGCAGCUAAACCUGCUCAGUAAAUCCAAAGUGUACGAGGAUUCGGCGCUGAGCGCCAUUUUUCUGCACAACAACUACAACUACAUCCUCAAGUCGCUGGAGAAGUCUGAGUUGAUCCAGCUGGUGACGGUGACUCAGAAGAAAGCUGAGAGUUCGUACAGAGAGCUGAUCGAGCAGCAGAUCCAGAUGUACCAGCGCAGCUGGCUGAAAGUUACAGAGCACCUGGCCGACAGGAACAUGCCCAUCUUCCAACCCGGCACAAAGCUGAAGGACAAAGAGCGACAGGUGAUUAAGGACAAAUUCAAGGGUUUCAACGACGGGCUGGAGGAGUUGUGUAAGAUCCAGAAGGGUUGGGCCAUCCCAGACAAAGAGCAGCGAGACUUCAUCCGCCAGGCUCAGAGGAGAGUGGUGUCCGAUGCUUACAGGGCCUUCCUGCACAGAUGUGCCAACAUCUCUUUCACCAAGAACCCGGAGAAGUAUCACAAGUAUCGGCCGGAGGAGGUGGAGGAGAUGAUCGAAAAGCUGUUCGAUACGUCGGCCUGAGCCAACCCCGACUCCCGUUCCUCACGCUCUCCAAACGCAACACUUUAUUCACCCUCUCCUCACACUACUGCCGCCCCCUCGCUGUGUCCGAUGAAUGCUUUUGUACAAAGAUAACAUCAUGAUGUAUUUAUGUAAUUUAGCCGUUCCAGCUUAGCAUUUCAAACAAAUAAAAGGGAACUCUGUUAAUC